CCACGUGAGUGUCAUGUGACUGUAUAUGUAACGCAUCAAGAAAGUAAACACUAGUGACCGGUAUAUCUUAAGGAGAUACAGAGCCCGGUUAUUACUGCAAGUCACGACAUUGUUGUUAUCAGUAGCUGAGAUACACGGAUCAGGCAGGUUCACCCGAGAAACUUCUACAAUGUCGACCAGACGUGCUUUGCAUUUUGUCUUCAAAGUUGGCAACAGAACUGAAACAGCCAAGUUCUACAAAGAUGUUCUGGGAAUGAAAUUUUUACGGCACGAAGAAUUCGAGGAGGGAUGCAAGGCUUCCUGUAAUGGACCGUAUGACGGCAAGUGGAGCAAGUCCAUGGUUGGGUAUGGCCCAGAAGACAACCACUUUGUUGUGGAGCUCACCUAUAACUAUGGCGUCGGAUCGUACAAAGUGGGGAACGACUUCAGGGGUUUGACUGUGUCAUCAGCAGCCAUACUGGAUCGUGCUCGGAAGAACAACUAUCCGAUCUCUACUGAAGAUGGGCAGAUAUUCCUUCUGGCUCCAGAUGGCUACAAGUUCAACAUCAUCAGUGAAGAUGUGCAGGGGGACCCUGUAUCAAAAGUCACCUUGGCAUCUUCAGACCUGCAGAAAUCAGUAGAUUUCUGGUCAAAGUUGGCUGGGAUGAAGGUUUAUUCCCAGACAGAAACAACAGCUGUUCUUGGCUUUGGUGACAACCAGUGUAAGCUGGAACUGGUGGACAUUGGAGGCACUGUGGAUCAUGCCUCAGCCUUCGGGAGGGUGGCUUUCUCAUGUCCCAGAGAAGAGCUACCAGGUAUUGAGAAGCUGAUGAAGGACAAUAACCAGACAAUCUUGACACCACUCAUCAGUCUGGACACGCCAGGGAAGGCAACAGUAGAGGUGGUCAUCGUAGCUGACACAGAUGGCCAUGAGAUCUGUUUUGUGGGAGAUGAGGCCUUUACUGAACUGUCACAGGUUGACCCCAAAGCUGAUGAUCUUCUGACAGAGGCUGUUUCCAAGGACAAGAGCGAUGAAUGGUUUGCAAAGAAAGGAAAGAAGAAGGCAUCAGCUUAGAGAGUACAUACACUUUCUUUCAAAAGAAACAAACAAAAGACGUCACAUAUACUUGGUUUAGAGAGUAAAUACACUUUGCCUCCAUGGAAACACAAUGACUCUACAUGACAUCAGUUUAGAGAGUAAAUACAUUUUGCCUUCAUGGAAACACAAUGACUCUACAUGACAUGGGUUUAGAGAGUAAAUACAUUUUGCCUUCAUGGAAACAUAUUAACUCUACAUGACAUGGGUUUAGAUAGUAAAUAAGCUUUGCCUCCAUGGUAGUGCAUCAACUCUACAUGACAUGGGUUUAGAGAGUAAAUACACUUUGCCUCCAUGGUAAUGCAUUAACUCUACAUGACAUGGGUUUAGAUAGUAAAUACACUUUGCCUCCAUGGUAAUGCAUUAACUCUACAUGACAUGGGUUUAGAGAGUAAAUACACUCUGCCUCCAUUGACAACGGAUGCAAAGAAAUUGAUUAGCGCAUCCACAGAGACGCAGAAAAAGUCCAAAUACUUUUUGUUAUAAAUUCGAUCAAGUAUACAAUUAAGUUAUCACGGAGUCUGCUACUAGCCGGGCCAUGGUAUCAUUUGCAAUGUAAUUACUGUAACAAUGUGAUGAUCAUGCUACACAAUACAAUAACAGUAACUGUAUUACAAUAUUGCAACAUAGUAUUAAUAAUAAUACCAGGACCCAUGGAAAUUAAGAAUAUGAGUCCCAGGGACCCUCAAAUACAGGACUCCAGGUAAAUCUGUAUAAUAGCAUGUACACUAUUUAACCGUGCAUCACACAGUUGUGCACAGUCCUGUGUUAGAUCCACCAAAUAUUCCUUGGCUCCAGCUCCAGGAUCCAGCUCCAGGUCGUGGAACUGAUGUCAGUCAAACCUUGUUGAAAUGUUGCAACUGUUGCCUAAACAAACGGGAUAUAAACAAUCACUCUUCA